CGCGCCCUGCUGGAGCUGUGCCCGCCGGCGGUGCGCAGCGGAGGGCCACCGGCGAGAGAGACGAGGAGAUGUGAGAGCCGGCCCCGCGCUGCGCCGCACAGGGCAUGUUUUCGAGCCAUUUUUGAGAUGUGGUGAAUGUAAACUUGCUCUCUUGGGAGCGAAAUUCUGCUGAGGCUUACAUUAGCCCUUUUGGCCACAGCGUUUCAUUGGGAAUCCAUGUUCAGCUGAUCACCCACCAGGACGCCUGGUCUCAUAUUUAGUCUCUGCUUCAGAGGAUAGAGUCCUCUCUCUCCCUCUCAUCCUGAUUUUAGAUAAUGGGCUGUGUGCAAUGUAAGGACAAAGAGGCAACAAAACUGACUGACGAGAGGGAUGGGAGUUUAACACAAAGCUCAGGCUACCGCUAUGGCACAGAUCCCACGCCACAGCACUAUCCAAGCUUUGGUGUGACUUCAAUUCCAAACUACAACAACUUCCAUGCCACAGGAGGCCAAGGACUGACAGUGUUUGGUGGAGUCAAUUCCUCCUCUCAUACAGGGACGCUGCGUACAAGAGGAGGAACGGGUGUAACUCUUUUUGUGGCGCUUUAUGACUAUGAAGCAAGGACAGAAGAUGACUUAAGUUUUCACAAAGGAGAAAAAUUUCAAAUUCUUAACAGCUCGGAAGGAGACUGGUGGGAGGCUCGGUCCCUGACAACAGGCGAAACUGGUUACAUUCCCAGUAAUUAUGUGGCUCCAGUCGAUUCCAUCCAAGCAGAGGAGUGGUACUUUGGCAAACUUGGCCGAAAAGAUGCUGAGAGGCAGCUGUUGUCAUUUGGAAACCCAAGAGGUACCUUCCUGAUCCGGGAAAGUGAAACUACCAAAGGUGCCUAUUCCCUGUCUAUUCGUGACUGGGAUGAUAUGAAAGGAGAUCAUGUCAAACAUUAUAAGAUUCGUAAACUUGACAAUGGUGGAUAUUAUAUCACAACUCGGGCACAAUUUGAAACUCUUCAACAGCUGGUUCAGCAUUAUUCAGAGAGAGCUGCAGGUCUUUGCUGCCGCUUAGUAGUCCCCUGUCAUAAAGGAAUGCCAAGGCUUACUGAUCUGUCUGUCAAAACCAAAGAUGUCUGGGAAAUUCCACGAGAAUCCCUACAGUUGAUCAAGAGACUGGGAAAUGGGCAGUUUGGGGAAGUAUGGAUGGGUACGUGGAAUGGAAAUACUAAAGUGGCUAUCAAGACUCUGAAGCCUGGCACUAUGUCUCCAGAAUCAUUCUUGGAGGAAGCCCAAAUCAUGAAGAAGCUAAAACAUGACAAACUGGUCCAGCUUUAUGCUGUGGUGUCUGAAGAACCCAUCUAUAUUGUCACAGAGUACAUGAGCAAAGGGAGCUUGCUAGAUUUCUUAAAAGAUGGAGAAGGAAGAGCUCUGAAGCUACCAAACUUAGUGGACAUGGCAGCUCAGGUGGCUGCAGGAAUGGCAUAUAUUGAACGAAUGAAUUACAUACACAGAGAUCUGCGAUCUGCAAACAUUCUGGUGGGGAAUGGACUAAUAUGCAAGAUUGCUGACUUUGGAUUAGCAAGGCUGAUCGAAGACAAUGAGUAUACAGCAAGACAAGGUGCAAAGUUUCCCAUUAAAUGGACUGCACCAGAAGCAGCAUUGUAUGGAAGGUUCACAAUCAAGUCGGACGUGUGGUCUUUUGGGAUCCUACUGACAGAGCUGGUAACAAAAGGGAGAGUGCCAUACCCAGGCAUGAAUAACCGUGAAGUCUUGGAGCAAGUGGAACGCGGUUAUCGGAUGCCAUGUCCUCAGGACUGUCCCAUCUCCUUGCACGAGCUUAUGAUCCACUGCUGGAAAAAAGACCCAGAGGAGCGUCCAACGUUUGAAUAUUUGCAGGGUUUUCUCGAAGACUACUUUACUGCAACAGAACCCCAGUACCAGCCCGGUGACAACCUGUAACUCCCUGGUCUGCACACACUGUCACGAAUUGCCAGGUGUCCCUCAGCCCUGUCUCACCUGCCCUUCAGCGUCCAGCUCCAUGAUUGGCUUCCAGGAGUGCAGCAGCAUCUCUCAGCACUGCUGGGCAAAGAGGGGCUGGAGCUGGGAACUCGAGCAGCCCUCGCCUAUGACCACUUGUCCUAAUGAUCUGAAUGUCCUGGAUGAAAAGGAGAAAAACACUUGUUUUUUCUUAAUCAAAGACUCCUAAACUGCAUUAUAUUGAUGUUAUGUAAACUGCAAAACCUCCGUUCAUUGUAAAUAGUAACUCAGUGCCAAUAACUGAUCCUAGUGCUUUCCUUUUUUUAAAAUGCAAAACCUAUGUGAUUUUAACUAGUCUUCUCCUGACCCGACUAAAAGUAUUAUUUUCCAGAAGUGGCCUCUUUGUCUAAAACAUUUUUUUUCAUGUUUUAACAAAAAAAAAAAAAAAAAAAAAAAAAAUCAGGACAGGUGUUUGGUUUUUUGCUUUUUUAUAUAUAAAAUAUAUAUAAUAUAUAUACAUACGUGUACAUACCGUAUAUGGGUGCUACUGCAGAGGAAGCUCAUUUUGAACUGAAUGAAUCCUGCUGCAGCAGUACCCAGAAAAUGAUAAUUUUACUGCAGACAUGAAAACACUGGUGAGAUUGUGGAAGCCAGUGGUCUAAUUUUUGGCUUUUGCCAAGCAUGAUUUUUUUAAAUUGGAUUGCACUUUUUGUUUAUGAUUAUGUACCUGUAGAUGGUUGUAACUUUGCUCUUUCAGGAAUCAUGUGCUGUAUUUACAGUAAUGUUUCCGAUGUUUAACAAGUGUGUGAUGAUUUGUUCUUGAAACUAAAAUGAACCUAUUUAAAGCGAGAAAACUACAGCAUCACCGUUGGAACUGGAAAAUGGAAACUGCGAGGACUUCUUGUAUCAGAACGUGUAUACUGAAACGUUUCAAAAAGAUUUAUUAAACCGUGUAACCACAUUCAGAUGGUCUUAAAAUCAUAGCAUCUUAGCCAUGUCCAAUGCUAAACUGUUGGUCACGCAACUAGGAUUCUUCUGUUUUACGUGUAACAUUUUUCCAUUGUAAAAUAAGUGUGUUCAGUGUCCUGUACUGCUAAUGAAAGUACUUUCUCUGUGUCUGCAAGUUCUCCAGUGGAAUUACUAUGCACUUCUUUACAUUUCAUGGGAGAUGCACAGAACAAAGUAUUACCUUUUCAGUUGUCUGUACCAGCCUUGAAUUACUUACGUUUAACCAAAAAAAAAAAAAAAAAAAAAAAAAAAUUCCUUUCUAUUUCUAUUGAGUUUUUAAUACUGAGUUGCAAAUUUUAAAGUCUUAAUUACAUUUUGUUAUGAUUUAUUUGCAAGUUUACAUUUUAAAACUGUUUAACUUUCUUAAUUUAGUAAUUAAAAAAAAAAGAGCAUUUUACAUUUGGAUAGUUGUUCAUUUGUUUAAACUGGAGAUGAUGGUGGAGAGGAGAUGAGAACGCUUCAAGAAGGGCAGUGGUGCUCUUUGGGGCUUCGCAUUUGCUAGGAGUGUGCAGGUCUAUGGGGCAUCGUUUUCAGAAUUCUGAAGUCAGUAUGUUUGUAAGCAGCUGGAGUUCAACUGUAAGGAAGGUGGUUGAGUGCACAGCUGGUCUCUCCUCUGUUCUGCAGAAGAAUUUCUUCUUCGAUAAUUCCUUUGCUUUUAAUGUGAAUACAUUUGCAAGUGUUGCAGGAAAAAGAAAUCUACGCCUUGUAUUGUCGUUGCUCGAAAAUACUGCAGCCAAGUAAGACUUCAUGACAGUUUAAGCAUUUUUUUAAUUAUUUAAUAAUCAGGUUGUGGAUUUGUAGCCUGAAUAGCCACACGUUUUCUAAAAAGAACUUUUUUUUUUUUGGUUCCUAACACGAUGAUGAAUUGAGAUUUGGAGAAAACACUGUCAUCAUUGUUUUCCUAUUUUCUAUACAAAGCAGUGAUUGCAAAUCCUCUUGCAAAGAGAGUUCUGCACUCAGCCUUUCUCCAAGUGUGACUUUACAUGGCAAUGUUGCUUGUUACCAGACUUCCAUGAUAAACUGGUUACCGUUUUACGUGUAGAGUCUCUAAGUACCGUUAUGUACAUGCUAUAUUCAAUGUUUCUGUACCUGUAGCUGUGGAACACUGAAGAGGCCAUAAUUCUCGUUGGACUUUUUAAAAUCAGUCUCCUCUUAAUACUUACAAGGUGAGUUGUGGUCCUUUUUCCCACAGCUAGCCCCUGCCUUAAAGCAUCACCCACUGCGCUAAGCUCUCUGCAGCAGCUCAGCUGGCUGGUGAAGCCAAAACGCCAUGAACCCAGACAAGGGUGGCAAAGCACGGUCAUUCUUCCAAGCUCUAUAGCAGAUGGGAUGAGGCUAAAACACUUGGAAUUUUGCCUGUGUUUCUCGUUGGAAGCAAGACUGAGAUGGGGAGUCAUUGGGAUUUUAUGGCCUUUAUUUCUAAUUCUCGAGUUUGCGGUUCCUCAUGUCACAUUCAGUCUGUGAGUACCUGCCUGCAGCCGUGUGCAGACUGCUGCUGCUAUUGGGUGGCAGAUCCAGACCAUUUCUCAUCGGUAGCUCUUCUGCUUCUUUUUCUUAAUGUUGGGAGUUUUGUUGUUUGGGUUUUUUAAUCUCUCAAAUAAAAACAUUAGUAAAAUUUACCCAAGGUUGUUAGCAUUUUUGCUAUAAAUUAAUAAGAUCGUUUCCUUAGCCGCUGUGUAUACAGCACACAUAGAUGUGUGGUGACUGUAGAAGUAGAAAAUAUCUAGAAAUAUCCUCUUCUCUCCAAUAAUUGUGUUUAACGUAAGGCUAAAUAAAUCACAGCCAGGUGAAGACGGUUGGCCAAAAGCUCCGUGCAGCAGCACGCCUGACUCCAAACCUCCACGAAGAGGUGACCCACCGACAGCUGAGAGGACUCUGGGGGUGAUCCCUAUCUCUGGGUGGAUUCAUCUCAUGCCAGUCCCAUGAGAAAUGACAAGCAGAGAUGCUACAAUGCCACAAAAGGGACACUUGGUACAAUUAAUGCUUGUUAACGUAUUGCUGUGGGAAGGAAAUAAUGGGAGACUUUGGUGGAUCCUCCGAAAGAUCCAAAGUUUGUCAAAGGCACUGACAUGAUGUUCUUUGGCUUCUGCAAAAGGUAUUCAACUUAGUUCUAUGUGACGCUCUGACUUUGGUUUAAUUACCACUGUAGAAAUAAAUACAAAGUAAAUACAAA